AUGGCGCCAUCUGAGACUGAAGGAGCUCCCAGUAGCUCCCGCCGCUUGUUGCGACCCAAACUACGACAGGCAACUUUUGUCCUUCCUCGAACCGGUCAGCGCUUAAAAGGCCUCGUGAGCCUGCGUGACCCGACACGAAGAUUGGCGACGGAUGAUGAUGAUGAAGCGCGCGAGGAACGACGAGGUCUGCUCUCGGGUCAGAUUGAGACACAUCAUGAUGGAUACGGGACGUGGUUGUCUAAACAGGCACAGGAGCUCUGGGCAGGCUUGCACCGCUUCGUCAUCUCCGAGCAGGGCAUUGGAGUCUUGAAGUGCAGUUUGGCAUAUCUGCUGGGAUCCAUGGCGACAUUUAUCCCCGCUCUAUCCGCUUUUCUUGGCCAUCAGGAUGGGAAACAUAUGGUCGCGACGGUGACUGUUUACUUCCAUCCGGCGAGAUCCCAGGGUAGCAUGUACCGCGCCUUGAUCUGCGCGCUGCUUGCGUUUUGCUACUCAGCCUUUUUGUCGAUUACCAGUAUGCUGGUAGAGAAUUUCUUCCAGGACUCGCUGGAUCUGCCGGCACUGGGUCAUGCCGUGGUGCUGAUUGUCUUCUGCGGUGGUGGCCUGGGCUUCGUCGGGUGGACUAAGCAAAGACUGGGUGAUCCGUUGGUGAAUGUGGCCUGCUCGCUUACGGCGUUAUCAACUAUCACGGUUUUGACGAAAGAAGGCGCCGUGCAGAGCGGCGAUCUAUCGUUGAAUAAGAUCAUCCAGGUUUUGAAGAUGGUUAUCAUGGGUGUCAUAUUCGCGGGUGCCGUUUCAUUCUUGAUAUUCCCCAUCUCUGCGCGGAAGAAGCUUCGCGCAAACCUGGUCACAACUACAGAUACGCUGGCUGUGAUGCUGGGUAUCAUUACAGAGAGUUUCCUCAGCGGGUCUGAGGAUGAGCUCAAGUCUGCGGAAUUCAUCGAGGCGGAGACUAAGCACCGAAAAGCCUAUGGGCAGCUAGACAAACUAGUGCGCGAGGCCAAACUCGAGCACUACUUUGCAGGAACAGAACGAGAAUAUCGACUGGAGAAGAAGCUGGUGCGCUGGGUGCAGGACAUUACUCAUAAUAUGGGUGGUUUGCGCAGUGCCGCUUCUCUUCAAUUCAGUCUCAUUCGCGAAACACUUGCUCGCGAGUCCCAGGAAUCUGGUGGACAGGAGAGUGCUGUUCCUACAGAAUACCUUGCGUCAUUGGAACGCUCCUGGUCUUUUCCUGAUGGGUCGUUCUUGGAGCCGAUUGAUGAGCGACCGGAGGAAGAACUCUUUCCAAGUGGAGGCUUCAGCACUCCGAACUCAGAUGGAAAGCUUGAACCCGCAAAACAUCCUUUGCUUCCGGCAGACGUAUUUACAAUCUUCAUUUCCCAUCUGGGUCCAGCUAUGCGGUCUCUGGCCUUCACUUUGAAAGGGAUUUUCAACGAGAUCCCCUUUGGCCCGGCUCCAAACUAUAAAGUCUCCGUCGACAGUCGACUACGUACGAGUCUCGACCGUGCUCUGGAUCUCUACCAGGAGUCGCGAGAGAAGACUCUCAAAUCGCUCUAUCAGCAGAUAGAAACCAUCAAGCUGAGGACGCAUGAGGCGGAAGCAGAUCUCGAAGAGGUGUCUGCGAGCUGUGGCCAUUUCAGUUUCUCACUGUUGGAGUUCGGUGAGCAGCUGCACGAGUUGCUCGCGGUAUUGGACCAGCUCCAGCUUGAAACCGAGGAGCGACCUGGCGGGCGGUCUUGGAGCUGGCUCAGGUUUUGGAAAGCCAAAGACACCAAUCCCGCCGACGAGCCUACCUUCCUGGCUCCGCCCAGACCUGAUGCUCGAGUUUCUCCCGCUGUUCGCGCUCGCCUGUAUCCAGGCGCUGAGACGACGGUUAAGCAACGCCUAGGUUAUCGGCUCUGGAAAUCCCUCAAGUGGCUCCGACGGGAUGACACCAGAUACGCGAUCAAGGUCGGUGCUGGUGCGGCGCUCUACGCUUUGCCUGCUUUCUUGCCUUCCACAAGACCUUUCUACCAACACUGGCGCGGCGAAUGGGGUUUGUUGUCGUACAUGCUGGUCUGCUCGAUGACUAUUGGCGCAUCAAAUACCACGGGCUACGCUCGAUUCCUCGGCACUUGCUUGGGAGCGGUCUGUGCCAUUUCAGCCUGGUACAUUUCCAGUGGCAAUGCCUAUGGUCUGGCCAUCUUUGGAUGGGUGAUGGCUGUCUGGAUCUCCUACAUCACGAUCGUCCAAGGCAAUGGGCCCUUGGGUCGAUUUAUCAUGCUCACCUAUAACUUGUCCGUGCUGUAUGCUUACUCACUCACGCAGAAAGAAGCGGACGGCUCGAAAGACGAGGGUGGCCAAGAACCCGUUAUCGGUGAGAUCGCGCUCCAUCGAGUGGUGGCAGUGUUUUCAGGCUGUAUCUGGGGUAUCAUCAUCACCCGAGUGAUCUGGCCGAUCAGCGCGCGAAGCAGGUUGAAAGAUAGCCUCAGCAUGCUCUGGUUGCGGCUGGGACUGGUCUGGAAGCGUGACCCUCUCUCGGCAAUGGUCAAAACGAAGCGCUCUGUGGUGUAUAUGACUGCGCGCGAGAAACUUGAACUUGAGCGCGCUCUCUCCCGGUUGGAGACAUUAUUGGUCUCGGCGGGAUCGGAGUUUGAGCUGCGCAGUGCGUUUGCGGAUGAUACUUAUGCUAGUAUUAUCCGCCGUACUCGGAGCAUGGUGAAUGCGUUCCAUGCGAUGAAUUUGGAGCUGAUGAAGAGUGAGAUUGCUACCGAGGGGGAGAUUAGUCUUCUUCGGUAUACUGCGCAGGAACGACAGCAGCUGUCUGCGAGGAUUAGCCACCUUCUUACCGUCAUGGCAUCGUCUAUGAAACUUGAAUACCCUCUGAGCGAUGUGCUACCCAGCGUUGAUCAUGCUCGUGAUAGGUUGCUGGCGCGCAUUUACCGAUAUCGACAGGACCAGGAGGUCUCGCUGCUGACGACAGACGAAGACAGUUCAUUGUUGUAUGCCUACAUUCUCGUCACUGGCCAAUUGUCCAAAGAGAUCAGUGAAAUUCUUGCUGACAUUGGGCAGCUGUUUGGAGUGUUGAGUGAGGAUGUCCUGCAGAUGGCGUAG